AGGGAGAUGGUGUAAGAAUUAAAAAGCCUUAUGUCGAAGCGUGUUGUGGAUUGGACAUCCCCGGAUGUUAUGGUUUGGCUCACCAAAAACAUGAAUAAGUUGACCUCAGCGGAAUCACUCCGAGUGUAUGUUCAAAUGGAGGCUAUCAACGGGGAAACUAUGCUGGGAUUCAAAAAAAGCGACUGUUCCAGAUUCGGUUUGAUAAAGGAAAAUGAUUUCGACAAAAUACUGAAGAAGCUACGAAGUUGCGACGAAAAAAUAGAAAAAGAUUUAAGGAAAAACACGGGGAGAAGGACAAAGAAGAAACCUGGCCUUUUUGGAGGGGAUAAAGCGGACAGUGGACUUGACGAAUCCAGUUCAGUAUGCGAGGAUCAAGGGUUCCACCGGGAAAUCAAGGUUCACAGUGACAGUCCAGGGUCAGCAAAUACCAGUGGUACUGGCUCCUUCGCACCAUCCUUAUCCGGGGGUAGCAGCCAUAAAGGGCACUCGGGAAUGGUGGCCCCUGCUACUUAUGAAUGGGAGCCGCAGCCUGGACGGACAACCAUACCAGAAGCAACUUACGUCGCCCCAGAAGAUAUACACCGAAUUGGUACUUUUGAGCAAGUUUGGUCGCCUGAGCCUGAAGAGUUUCAGUUGUAUCCAACUCCACCACCAGUAUCUCAACUAUCACCUCCACCACCUUCCAAACUAUCUGAUCUACAGAACAGCUACGUGAACCUGCCCCGCACAAACAGUGACCUACUCUCUCAACCAUCUACACCGUCUAAACCGCCUCGGUUACAAAGUGUUUCCACGCCUCCCCCCAAAAAAGAGUAUAAACCUAAAUUUGACAGGAGUGCCAGUCAACCUGCCAUCCCAGUAAAGACUUGGAAACAGUCCAUACCCUCCAACUUACAGGACACAAUGGAGAUAACUAACCCAACUAGUGUCGCCAAGUUUACCAGAAACAGUUACAUCAACCUACCCCGAUCUCCUACACACCAAGUUCAGCCUGAUAGUGACAAUGUUGAGUUGGUAAGACCCCGCUCCUUUGCAUUUGAUCUGGCUCUUGAUACCGAGAAUCCUGACUUGAGACGGAGCUACGAGAGGAGGAGGGGGAGUGACAGUGUAGUUCCAGCUAGUAGGUCUCCUCUUCCCAAUCCUCUUACAGAAACCUACGCGGAUCCCAUUAGUGUCUUCCGUCACUCCGCAAUACCUAGAUCCUUCAGUCUGGGCGACGUCUCUCCUGGACGUGUGCAGGAUAGCGUGAGCUUUGGUAGCGAAGUACUUGUCCCAUUAGUUUCCUCGGUUGGGCACUACGAGGCCACUAUUAGAAUCAAUGAUCCUAAUGUGGGUUAUCUAAAUCCAGAUGAGGUUGAGGCCCCCACUCGAGCUGUACCCAGAAUGUACCCUACUUUACCUGAACCUGAGCCUGACUGGGAUCCGGAUGCAUUGUACGAGAAUUUUGAGCCUCCACCACCUCCAGCUGUUGACGAUAGAGUUGACGAGUGGAUUGAUGACGAACAGCUAUACUUGAACCAGGAGGUUGAAGGAGAUGGAGUUGAAACGGAGGAUAUUUACGAGAACCAGGAAUUUGACUCCUCCAGCGAAGACGGUGAAAUGGAGGAUAUAUACGAGAACAAUGAGGCUGAUCACUCGUCCAGCGAGGAAGAAAGUUCGGAAGAAGAAGGAGAUAAUUUCGCAGAUAUUUCACGGAGGCUUACACUGGCUAUGUCAGUCAUUAAUACAGUUAAGAAAGAGUCAGUUCCCGUGAGGCCGCCGAUCCAGCCCCCUGCAGCAGGCUCCUUCGGAUCAUCCGUUGCUAGACGACCAGUGGAACCCCCAGCCGCUCCAGUGGCCGCCAAGCCGGCUACUCCAUCACGUGACGUGUCAUCACGUGACGUGCCAUCUGGACCUCCUGCGCCACCUUCGAAACCAAAACUCAGUUCAUUGGACCAAAAUACCAGUCAUUUUCUUCCUACUACUCCUUCUCCCGUGAAAGGGACAAGUGGAGGUAUGAGCAUCAAGGAGAAAAUAGCUUUGUUGAACUCAGAGAAAAGUAACGAUUAUCUUGUUCAAUCAGAAAAACCUCCAACUAAAAAGCCUGUUCACGACGCUGCAGCCAGUGUGUCUAUAAAAGACAGGCAAUCCAAGAUAGCCGGGUUGUUUGGUGCCUCCCAACCCACAGCCUCACUUCCUACUCCUCCCCCACCAACUCCUUCUCCCUUGGGUUUAGAGAAGAAACCACCACUUGGAGGUAGACCUCUGAUCCCUCAUGGUGCUCCGACAAGAAACCCUCCUGUGGGUUCUCUACCUCCUAGACGUCCUACUCCUCAGUUACCUCCUCCAUCAUUAGGACCUGAUCUACCUCCUCCUCCUCUUCCUUCUCUAUCAUGUAUACCGCAAUCAAACACCAACUUGUCUACGGGAUGUUACGAGGACAAUGAGAUAACAUUUCCCAUUCCUUCCCCAACUAAAGGCAGAUUUCCGUUGCCACCCCCCUCUAUGGGGUAUAACCCCCCUAAUUCGGGGGUUGGGGGCUACAACCCCACAGAGGAGGAUGAAGAGGGCCUGUACGAUCUGGAACCUGAGGGGCCUGAUGAUAUCUACAAUGAUGGGGACGAGGAAAUUUACAAUGAUGGAGAUGAUGAGGCGGAUAAAAUUCCUGGCUACUUACCUCAUGUUUCUAGUCGGGGGACAGCUGAAGAAUUGUUGCGAAAUGAUCCCCAACCAGAAUGUUUCCUGGUCCGUGACUCCACCAAUAACCCCCAACAAUACCCCUACGUGAUAUCCCUCAAAGCGGUGGGAAACACUUUCGAACACACCAGAUUGGGAUCGCGAAGCAACGGAAAGCUAGCAAUAGGGACGGCUAAGUCAAUGGAGACAACACACGAAAGUUUAGCGGAUCUGAUCCACUACCACAGGACCACGCCCCUUAACCUGAGAGGCAGGAACGUUCUCCUCAAAUACCCUAUAACCCCACGAUAAACUACACGUGCAUACCACGUGUACUGAACUGUCGUCUUGUUCAAGCGGUUAUGAUAUGUUAUUUUUUAGUAAUGUUAGCAGAUUAAUUGAAGUGGAAGCUGUGAAGAUGUAUGGUAGUGUCAUUAUUAAUACAGAUCUUAAUUUGAUUCUAAACGUGGAAUUCUUCGAGAUUUGAAUUAAAUCUUAAAUGAGAAAUCAAGUUUAGCUUUUCGAUUAAAAUAAUAAUCAAGGUUUAAGUUAACUUUAUUGGUGAAAUAUAAACAAUUUUUCAUCUUUCAUGAAGUUUGUUUUUAAUGGUUUAUUGAUUACUAGACGUUUUAUUAAAUCCGUGACUGUCAUUGAUUACAAGUUUCAAGAAUCAAUCACGAUUUUUAAUAAGAAUUAUGCAGUAUUUAAUUUUGAUUUGAUUUUGAUUCCAUCAUGAUUUUGUAAGAUUUAGAAUGCUGCUGAGAGAUUAAUCUGUGGUUUUUAACAAUUAGAGUUAGUUUUAGAAUAUUUUGAUAGGAUAUGCCGUAAAAAUGUGUGAAAAUUAGAGUAGUGACACAGUGAGUACUAGUGAAUACUAGUGAGUACUAGUGAGUACUAGUGAGUACUAGUGAGUACUAGUGAGUACUAGUGAGUACUAGUGAGUACUAGUGAGUACUAGUCAAUACUAGUGAGUACUAGUGAGUACUAGUGAGUACUAGUGAGUACUAGUGAAUAGUGAGUAGUGAGUACUUAUAGCUAACUGCAACGCAAGGAGUAGGUGCAUAUCUGGUGUACACUGUAUAACCGAAUGAACUGCUUGUUUCAUCUUUUAUUGCUUUACUAUUACUAAUCUAGUGAUACUCAUUGAUCAAUGAGUCACAAAUUUUAUUUUUUGGAUUUUGCAUCUUUAAAAAUCAUUUCAAUUUCUUGUAUAAUACUUUUUGAUUCCCAGAUUUUAUUUUUU